UUCGGCAGAACUGAUCUUCAUCGAAGACAUCAGUCCGUCUCGAAAAUCCCGCGACGCUUCGAAAUCUCGAAAAAGUAUCGAAAAACGUGCGUCGCGAAACGACAUUCCUCUUGGCUCGGGAAACCGAGGGAGAUUGACAGUCCUCCUUUGGGAAGGAUUUGUGGAGUCUGUGGAAAAUUCUGUGGAUUUUAGGUGAAAAUCAUCUUGUUAUAACGCAAGAGGUGCAAGUCAGUUCUUCAAGUUUGAUGUGAAGUGGUUGAAAAGUGCGGCAAAUAGGAUUUUAUCUAUAAACUUUAGGGCUGUGUGUAGUGUGGGAUUUACUGAUUUUCGGAAAUGCUGAGAGGGUUACAUCAACCAGACCGAAAAUGUCCAAGGAGGACAUAAAUCUUAAAAUCACAGUGCGGCGUCGUAGUGUUUUAAAAUAUUACCCCGAAAACUCUUUUGGCUCAGUUCUCCGAUAACAUUUCGUCCAGUUGAGUUAUUUGACUUCUGAAGAAAAUUUCUCUAAAACUGAAUUUUUAAGAAAAUGGAAUGUCUCAGAAAGUGAACUUGAUCUCUUUGAUAGGAGAGUAAAAAAGUGAUGCGUUUGAAGAUGAUUAAUGAAAAUGAAUAAGUUUAGUUAUCUUGAAAUUAAUUUCAAUUGUUAUUGAGUGAAAUUGGUAUUGAGGGAAAUUGGUGUUGAGGAAAAUUGGCAUUGAGGGAAAUUGGUGUUGAGAGAAAUUGGUAUUGAGAGAAAUUGGUAUUGAGUAAAAUUUCGGAAAUCGGGUCGGAAGUUUUGUAUAAUACAAUUAAAGAGAUAUACGGUUUGGAUAGGCAGAAGGGAUUUGGAAACGUUAUUAAAGUUCUAAGCUCUAAUCUGAGUGCAACGUUCAUGUUCACGUGUCCGGAACGAAAACUAUGUGGCACGAGGCAUGAUGAAGGGGAGAAGAAUCGGUGAUCCACCGAGCGAGGAAAACUUGGAGUUUUGCCAAAAGAGUCGUCAGAGUUGCAGAGUGUCAUUCCUCCUAUUGGCAAUCUGUGCGUUGAUCCCAAAUCCAACUAUUUCCGCGCCUGUUCAGAUUCAUGGUGUAUCCGUCGAAAAAUCCCAGGGAAUAUCCGUAAUAGAAGACCCCGAGGGAGAUGUACCUGUUUUCGAACAGACGGCUGCCAAUGUUUCCGCCUUCGAGGGUCAAACUGUGUAUCUCCCCUGCCGGGUUAGAAAUUUGGGCGAUAAAGUGGUUUCGUGGAUGAGGAGCAGAGACCUUCACAUUUUGACCACGAGCGAAAUUACCUUUAGUUCUGAUUCGAGAUUUAGUCCUCAGCAUUCGCCUGGAAGCGAUGCUUGGACUCUUCGGAUAGAUCACGCUAGGAAGGCGGACUCUGGCAAAUACGAAUGCCAGGUCAACACGGAGCCAAAAAUCAUGUAUGCAGUUCAGCUCUUCGUACGAGAUCCUGAUAAACCUGAAGGAUACGAUGAGCCAUUUUCUCAACAAACAAGAAUCAGUUACGAGAGUACGGCACCAGUUGCAGCCAUAACAGGACCUCGUGAGCAAAGGGUGCCUGCAGGGUCGACGAUCACCCUGAGGUGUCUCAUAACAUCCCCUUAUCAGACGCGUCCGAUCAGGGGUGUACAAUGGCUCCGGGAUAAUAAACUUCUGACAAUUCUGGCAAAGAGAGGUGGCAUUAACGUAGAAACUGAAAAAAGUUCGGCGCAGACAAUUUCGUCAGCUACACUUGCGUCCGUAACCCCAGAUGACACAGGGAAAUAUUCUUGUCGACCAACCGAAGGUCUGCAAGAUACUGUCACAUUGAUCGUCGAGCCAGUGGAACGGACUGAAGCCAUGCAAGGGGAUGCUGGUUACAUCUCUUCCGGAAGUGACAUUAGGUGCUGGUCUCGGCUCCUCCUUCCGCUGGCGUGGUUUCUAACCAUCGCCCGAAACAGGCAAACUUUGCUACAUUAAAGCAAUUACAGUAUUUUAUGUGUAUCACUCCAAAGAUACAUGCACCGAGGGACACGAUCUGUUGAUAGAGAGAAGGCACAUUAAUUUCUUAGUUCCAUUUUAAACUCGAUUACAAACUUUUGAGAUAAGGGGUAUACUUUGAAAAUUUUUGCCUAAAGGAAUACGACUACUUCGC